AUGCCGAUGUGCAAGUAUGACAGCAGGGGUGAUCUGAAUAGAUACAUAACGUCCUAUGAAGGGAAUAUGAUCCUAUACACAAAUUUUGAUGUCGUUUGGUGCAAGGUUUUCCCAACCACCUUGACCGGAGCAGCUUCAGAUUGGACGUCAGGAGAGCUGAUGGCAGUUGAGCAAAAAUUGGAUGAAUCUCUAAGGGACUAUAUCAGGAGGUUCAACAAUGAAGCAAACACAAUCCCGAAGUUACAACAAGAAAUCGCAGUUAUGGCGUUGAUGAGUGGCCUCAAUAAUUGUGAAUUCAAACGAUAUCUAAUACGGAAGAGUCUCCCGACGUUAGCAGCGGCCUUUAAUAAGGCUCAUGAUUACAUCAAAGGGGAAGAGCUGUUGAAAACAAUUAGCAAAACUGUCCGAUAG